AAAAGAGCGAUACCAUCCUUUGUUGCACUGCUCUUUUUGCUGCCUUUCUACUGACGACCCUGACAUCUUACGUCUCGUGUCUUACUACUAUAUCGAUUCACUUCCCGUGGCAAGAAAUAGCUGGGUUCGGCCCCCCACUGCUGCUAGAGAGCUCGUCGACCCAUUUCCAUCACCAUGGUGAAGGAGACCAAGCUCUACGAUACCCUGGGCGUCAAGCCCGAUGCGUCGCAGGACGAGAUCAAGAAAGGAUACAGAAAAGCUGCUCUGAAGUGGCACCCCGACAAGAACAAGGACAACCCCAACGCCUCGGAAAAGUUCAAGGAGUGCUCGCAAGCCUACGAGAUCCUGUCGGACCCUGAGAAGCGCAAGAUUUACGACCAGUAUGGCCUCGAGUUCCUGCUGCGGGGUGGUGCCCCUCCGCCCGAGGGCGCGACUCCAGGUGGCAACCCGUUCGCCGGUGCUGGCGGCAUGCCUGGUGGCUUCGGCGGCUUCGACUUUGGCGGCGGCAUGCCGGGAGGCGGCGGCACCAGGACCUUCCACUUCAGCACGGGCGGCGGCGGCGGCAAGGGUUACAACUUCAUGAACCCCGAGGACCUGUUUGCAGAGUUCACGCGCAGCGGCGGCAUGCACACGGGCGGCGGCGGCGGUGACGAUGACGACUUUGGCUUCUUCUCGUCGUUUGGCGGCGCCGGCGGCCCGCGGCCAACUCGGACAAGGACGAGAUCCAACUUUGCCGAUGCGCAGCCCAGACGCGAGCCGACGCCCGAGAUUACGACGGUUGAGCGGCCCUUGCCCCUCACUCUGGAGGAGCUGCACAACGGAACGACCAAGAAGAUGAAGAUCAAGCGCAAGACGUUUGAUGAAACUGGCAAGCGUGUGCAGACGGACCAAAUCCUGGAAGUGCCCAUCAAGCCUGGCUUGAAGAAGGGCUCCAAGAUCAAGUUCAACGGAGUUGGCGACCAAGUAGAGGGUGGUAGACAGGACUUGCACUUUAUUGUCGAAGAGAAAGAGCAUCCUUUGUUCAAGCGAGAGGACAAUGACGUUGUGCACACAGUCACUCUGGACUUGAAGGAGGCCUUGACCGGAUGGAAGCGGGUGGUGUCUACCAUUGACGGCAAGCAGAUCAGCAUAGAAAAGGGCGGUCCCACGCAGCCCGGCAGCGAAGAUCGCUAUCCCGGACUGGGCAUGCCCAUGACGAAGAAGCCCGGCCAGCGAGGCGACUUCAUCGUCCGCUACAAGGUCAACUUCCCUACGAGCCUGACGCCAGAGCAGAAGCAGAAGCUCAAGGAGAUCUUGUAA